GGGCGAGGAGCGGCGGGGUCGCGGGCCAUGGACGUGGCGGCGGCGACGCGGGCGAGCCGGGGCGGCGGCGCGGCGCAGAGCCCGCCCGCGGCCAGGUGAGGCUGGGCAGAGCGGGCUCGGGAGCCCGGCCACGGCUGCUGCCGCCGGGCCGCGGGGCGAGGAGGUGGCGGCGGCGCCUGAAGCGGCGCCACAGCAGCCGCGGCGGCCUCGGAGGAAGAGGGGUCGCCACCCGGUGUUCUUGUGACUGCCGCUCGCUCGUCGUCGCAGUAUUUCCUGUUCGGAUUAUCUUUUGCUUCCCCCAGCUGCCUCCUCCUCCUCCUCCUCCUCCUCACACCCACUCCUCCGGGUCCGGGGUCGAAGCUGCCCUCGGCUUUGGCCAGUCACCCCCGCCCGGGGCGCCCGGGUGCCUCGCUCCCGGGCUGCGGGGGAGCCCAGCAGAGACCAUGAGGAAAUUCAAGAAGGUGCUGGACGGCCUGACCGCCGGCUCCUCGGCCUCGCAGCAGCAGCAGCAGCAGCAGCACCCGCCGGGGAACCGGGAGCCCGAGAUCCAGGAAACGCUCCAGUCCGAGCACUUCCAGCUCUGUAAGACUGUUCGACAUGGAUUUCCCUAUCAACCUUCAGCCCUGGCCUUUGAUCCUGUACAGAAGAUCCUGGCAGUGGGAACUCAGACUGGUGCUUUAAGGCUCUUUGGUCGUCCGGGAGUAGAAUGUUAUUGCCAACAUGACAGUGGAGCUGCUGUUAUUCAGCUCCAGUUCCUGAUUAAUGAGGGAGCUCUUGUGAGUGCCUUGGCUGAUGACACCUUACACUUAUGGAAUUUACGUCAAAAAAGACCUGCCAUACUGCAUUCACUUAAAUUUUGCCGAGAAAGGGUUACAUUUUGCCAUCUGCCUUUCCAGAGUAAGUGGCUCUAUGUGGGCACUGAACGAGGUAAUAUACAUAUUGUCAAUGUGGAGUCCUUCACACUCUCAGGCUACGUCAUUAUGUGGAAUAAAGCCAUUGAACUAUCAUCUAAAUCUCACCCAGGACCUGUUGUCCACAUAAGUGAUAAUCCAAUGGAUGAGGGAAAGCUUUUGAUUGGUUUUGAAUCUGGAACAGUAGUCUUAUGGGAUCUCAAAUCAAAGAAAGCCGACUAUAGAUACACAUAUGAUGAGGCUAUUCACUCAGUUGCUUGGCAUCAUGAAGGAAAACAGUUUAUUUGUAGUCAUUCAGAUGGCACCUUGACCAUAUGGAAUGUGAGGUCCCCUGCUAAGCCUGUACAGACAAUCACACCACAUGGAAAACAGUUAAAGGAUGGGAAGAAACCAGAACCUUGCAAACCUAUCCUCAAGGUGGAGUUCAAAACGACAAGAUCUGGGGAACCUUUUAUUAUUUUAUCAGGAGGUUUGUCAUACGAUACUGUGGGAAGAAGACCUUGCUUAACAGUAAUGCAUGGGAAAAGUACUGCUGUGCUGGAGAUGGACUAUUCAAUUGUUGACUUCCUAACACUAUGUGAAACACCAUACCCAAAUGAUUUUCAAGAACCAUAUGCUGUUGUUGUUCUUCUAGAAAAGGAUUUAGUACUUAUAGACCUUGCACAAAAUGGAUAUCCUAUAUUUGAAAACCCCUACCCUUUGAAUAUACAUGAGUCCCCUGUUACAUGUUGUGAAUAUUUUGCUGAUUGUCCUGUGGAUCUUAUUCCUGCACUUUAUUCUGUUGGAGUUAGACAGAAACGUCAAGGUUACAGCAAAAAGGAAUGGCCCAUCAAUGGAGGUAAUUGGGGCUUGGGUGCUCAAAGUUACCCAGAAAUAAUUAUUACAGGGCAUGCUGAUGGGUCAGUUAAGUUCUGGGAUGCCUCUGCAAUAACUCUACAAGUAUUAUAUAAACUAAAAACAUCUAAAGUAUUUGAAAAGUCAAGAAAUAAAGAUGACAGACCAAAUACAGACAUUGUAGAUGAAGAUCCAUAUGCCAUUCAGAUCAUCUCCUGGUGCCCAGAAAGUAGAAUGCUGUGCAUAGCUGGAGUUUCAGCUCAUGUCAUUAUUUAUAGAUUCAGCAAACAGGAAGUGAUUACAGAAGUUAUUCCGAUGCUUGAAGUUCGAUUGUUAUAUGAGAUAAAUGAUGUGGAUUCUCCAGAGGGUGAGCAGCCACCACCUUUGUCAACCCCUGUAGGAAGUUCUAAUCCUCAACCCAUUCCUCCUCAGUCUCAUCCAUCUACCAGUAGCAGUUCAUCUGAUGGACUUCGUGAUAAUGUACCUUGUUUAAAAGUUAAAAACUCACCACUUAAACAAUCACCAGGUUAUCAGACAGAACUAGUUAUUCAGUUGGUAUGGGUGGGUGGAGAACCACCACAACAAAUAACCAGCUUGGCGGUCAAUUCUUCCUAUGGACUGGUGGUUUUUGGCAACUGUAAUGGCAUUGCCAUGAUUGACUACCUCCAGAAAGCAGUACUGCUGAACCUGGGCACCAUUGAAUUAUAUGGCUCUAAUGAUCCUUACCGCAGAGAACCCCGAUCUCCUCGUAAAUCUCGUCAACCUUCAGGAGCAGGUCUCUGUGAUAUUAAUGAAGGGACUGUAGUCCCAGAGGAUCGCUGCAAAUCUCCAACUUCUGCAAAGAUGUCAAGGAAGUUAAGCUUGCCUACUGACCUGAAGCCUGAUUUAGAUGUAAAAGAUAAUUCCUUCAGCAGAUCACGGAGUUCAAGUGUAACAAGCAUAGACAAAGAAUCCCGAGAAGCAAUCUCUGCUCUUCAUUUCUGUGAAACUUUUACUCGAAAGACAGAUUCAUCCCCUUCCCCGAGUCUAUGGGUUGGAACAACACUAGGAACGGUGCUUGUCAUUGCACUGAACCUUCCCCCAGGAGGAGAGCAAAGACUUCUUCAGCCUGUGAUUGUUUCUCCAAGUGGUACUAUAUUGAGAUUAAAAGGUGCAAUCUUGAGAAUGGCAUUUCUGGAUACAACAGGCUGCUUAAUGCCACCUGCAUAUGAACCCUGGAAAGAACAUAAUGUUCCUGAAGAAAAGGAUGAAAAAGAAAAAUUGAAAAAACGGCGGCCUGUCUCAGUUUCUCCCUCCUCUUCUCAGGAAAUUAGUGAAAACCAAUAUGCAGUGAUAUGUUCUGAAAAGCAAGCAAAAGUAAUCUCACUGCCAACCCAGAACUGUGCUUAUAAGCAAAACAUUACAGAAACCUCAUUUGUGCUUCGUGGAGAUAUUGUAGCAUUGAAUAACAGCAUCUGCCUUGCAUGUUUCUGUGCUAAUGGCCAUAUUAUGACUUUUAGUCUGCCAAGUUUAAGGCCUCUGUUGGAUGUGUAUUACUUGCCUCUCACCAAUAUGCGGAUAGCCAGAACAUUCUGCUUCACCAACAAUGGACAAGCAUUAUAUCUGGUUUCACCUACAGAAAUUCAGAGGCUUACAUAUAGUCAAGAGACCUGUGAAAAUCUUCAGGAAAUGUUGGGUGAACUCUUCACUCCUGUAGAAACACCUGAAGCACCAAACAGGGGAUUUAAAGGCUUAUUUGGAGGUGGUGCACAGUCCCUUGAUAGAGAAGAACUAUUUGGAGAGUCAUCCUCAGGAAAGGCUUCACGGAGUCUUGCACAGCAUAUCCCUGGCCCUGGUGGCAUUGAAGGUGUGAAAGGGGCAGCCUCUGGAGUUGUUGGUGAAUUAGCACGAGCCAGGUUGGCCUUAGAUGAAAGAGGGCAGAAGCUCAGUGACUUAGAAGAAAGAACGGCAGCUAUGUUAUCAAGUGCAGAUUCAUUUUCAAAACAUGCUCAUGAGAUGAUGUUGAAAUACAAAGAUAAAAAGUGGUACCAGUUCUGACAACCAGAAUCCAAUUAAGUCCAACUUCAACCAGAAGGAAAAAAAUUUUCCUUUUUUAUUUCACUGAUUGAUUUAAGAAAGUUAACAUUAAAGGGAUGUUCAUCACUGAGUACUUUCUAGCACAAUCAUGCACUGUUUUAUCUCAGUCACUUGUCAUUAACUGAGGAGUCUUCACACACACACACACACACACACACACUCUCAAACUGAAGUAUAUGGUGUGUGCAGACUGGAGUUGACAAUUUGGGUUCUAACCAGAUCACAUGUGACAGAUGAAGAAACACAGGGGGAAGCUGAGGAGACAUGGCAGGGACUAUUCCUUGGAUCAUUCCUGUAUUAAACUUUCAUAUGCCAAAAGAUUUCAUGCCAUUGUAUCUGCCAUCAGUGUUUGACCUGUUUUGGGGAGAGGCAGUAAGUCCAAAGUCCUGAAACUGAAACAGUUUAUGUCAUCGGACUGGAUUAUAAACAGCUGUAUUGGACUUUCCCUCCCUUAAAUUGACUGGUCAUCAGUAUCAUUAGUGAAAAAGAAACAAACUGUUUCCUUGUCUUUAGACUAAGCUGAAUGGUGGGCUUUAAAUAAUAAAAUCAUACACAUACUUGACUUGUGUAUGGGCUACUCUUGGAUUCUUGUUAUUAUAUACUUGUGUUUAGUUCAUACUUUGUCAAAAGCAAAACAAGGUGAUACAUCACUUUUCAUUGAAAAGAAAAGUGUAGAGCAUGACUGAAUUGCUCAUCAUUCUGGGAGUUUCCAUGUAGUGGCUAUGCAGUGUGGAAAGUGAGAAAAACCUCCAUUGUGGUGAGGAGAAUACUUCAAUGUCCUUUGUCCUCAUUCUCAUUAAUUCAGCUAAAGGUGGAUUUGACCAAAAUAGUUACUGGUUAAAUUUGUAGAAAAGUUGAAAUUGGCUAAGUUUUUAAUUUUGCUUGAAUUUUUAUAAAAUGUUUAACCAAAUGUACCUUUGCAUUAUUUAAUUAAAAUUGCUAAAAAAAAAAAAAAGUUUCAUUAUUUCAGUAAAAUGUUCAGCUCCCCUUUUAAAAUGCCCUUUACUUGCUAACAGUUCCAAUACACUCAGGUGAUGAGCCAGUUAAAUCUUAGUGCACAUGCUAUCGCAUGGAAACUAUAAGCAUCUGUUGUCAAUAAGUAUCUAUAUAAGAGUCUAGUCUGAUGACCUACAAAAUAUUUGCUGUAUAAAUAUACUAAAAAUCUGUACAUAUCCUUUCAAGGUUUUAAAAAGCCAAAGAAAAGGAAAAUACUUACACUUUGGUAACAAAAUUAUUUCUGUAAUGGAAUACAAUGCAAAUUGAGAUAGCAGUGGACAAUAGAAUAGCAUUACAGACAGGAAAAAAAUUACUCCAUAGAUCUGGAAGCAAGUAAUAUAAUAAUACAGACUAAUCUGAGAUUAUAAUUGAUGGUUGUUAAAGCGGCAAAGGAAGAUCAAAAUAGAAGCAUUAAAAUUAAUGUUAAUGAAAUUUUAAUAUUGUCUUCUAUAAAAAUGUUUUAAAUAUUUUUUUCAUUAAGAGAUUAUCAGAGCACAAAUUGACUGCGAACAUGAUUGUUUUUCUAUUCCAUAUGAUUAUUAAAGCUAUAUGUAGAACAUCUUUUUCAUGCACUCUGUUAUGCAUAUGUUCUUUACACUUUUCACUAAGAAAACUUUUGUUUACAUUUUAUAAUGUACUGCUGGAUAUAAAAGUUUACAUUAAAGUUUACUUUAAAUAUCAUUGGGUAGGAACUAAAUAUAUGUGAUGUGUGAUAUAGAUUAUAAAUCAAGUCAAAAGAAAUAUUUUUAAAAUACAGUAAUUUUCAAAAGCGUUUGGAUUUGUAGAAAGUGCUGAUGAAUAACAGUUCUGUUUAAUUACUAUCAGCUGUAUGUGAACAUUCAGCAGUUUACAAAUUGCUUAAUUUGUAUAUUAUUCAAUAAACCCAUUGUUUCACCAUACGUCACAGAUUAGAUUAUUUUUAUAGGUAUAGUUUGGUGGUGAAUAUCAUCAAUAAAAUCAGUUAUAGAUUUGAAAAAGUUAAGAAGCAUUAAGUAAGUUAAUAUACUGGUUGAUUGUCCAUUUGGAAGGUCAUAUUAACUUUAUUUUAUUUGCUGUGUUUUUCUUCGUUAUUUGUAUGACAGCUUCAUUUUUACUGUUAUUUUUCUUGUUGUAUAUAAAAUGAACCAAACAUGUAAUUAUUUCCAAAUUAGAAAAGUAAAUAGAUUUACCUAAGAUGGAUUUUAUAAGAAAAUCUUAAAUCAGUGUUUUGAGUUUUUUAUUUUUAAAUUAUGCACAGCAAACUAGAGACUCAUUUAGCAUUAGAAAGCAUAAACUACUUUUAAGUAUAGGAAAUGAACUUCUCAGAGUUCUACUUGAUUCAGUCUGUAGAUAAGAGUCUGUAUUAAUAACUAACCCAGGGAAUUUAUUGUAAUUUGAGAGAUAUUUUUUUAAUGCAAAAAGUAGUAGUCACCAGCAAGCCAGGAUUUCAGGAAAAAUAACAAAAAAAAAAAAAAUGAAGAAGGAAAGGAAAGAAAGAAGAAAAAAAUGUCAAAAUAGAAAACAACAGAAAGAUUAAAAACUUUUGUGUGCUUUCUCCAUGUCUUCAACAUUGUUUUGUUGCAUUUGUCCUUGACUCUAAAAUCAUUGAAGUAUUCAUCAGUGAGCUUUUGUCAAUAGAAAGUGGUUUCCCCUUUAAGUACCACAUACCCAAUUUGUUUCACUUUGCACAACUAAAAUCCAUACACAUUGCUUAGAAAGUCAUUUAAAAUCUUAUACUCUUUUAACAAAUUCUGUGUAAUAUAUCCCUUUGAAAUUUUGCAUUAACACCCUUGGUUUGCAUUUUAAUCAUAUGAAGUGUAUCCAAAAAUUCAUUAUAAAUUCAAAUAAGCUAAUUACUAACUUCUUAAUUUGAUUUUUUAAUGGAUGUGAAACAAUGCUGCUAUAUGUCUCUGUUAUGUGUGUAAAUAUGUUGUGAUUUAAUUAAGCAUAGUACUUUAAAGAAAGAAGCAUUUCCUUUACUUACAACUUCUUGUAGGUUCCUCUGAAGUUAUUUCAUGUAAAGAUAUGUGUCUUAAACAAGUCUGAAAGUGUUAUAUACUUUUAGCUUACAGGCGAUACUGCAGAAACAACUGAGGAAAGGAAUAUGUGGAAGAUACCACAGAGUUCAGAGUUUUACCCUGAGUUCUAUAUUGCAUAUAUGUUUUGCUUAAGGCAUUUCUCAUGUGACAAUAGAAAAGCUAUAUCCAAAGGUAAAUUUUUUGUGGCAAAGACUUAUUUUACACUUUAACUUUGGGGAUUUUGUUUAUUUGUUUCUGCAAAAUAAAGAGCACUGAACUUUAAACUUGAAUUUUUUUCUGCACUUUUUUAGGUAAGGAAAAUUUUUUAUUAUCAUUUAAUCCAUUUCUCAGUUUAAAUCAAGUAAUCCAUUAUAUUAAAAAAAUACCAAAAUCAUAAAUAUGCUGCUAACUGCACCUUAAACAAUCUGAUCAGUUUUAAAACCUUAUUUAAUAGGGUUUUAUAUAGUUAAAGAUAAAAAGAAGUAAAAUUAUUUCCUGUAUGUUUCAGUGUUCUUAGUCUUAAAUUAUUGCAACACUUUCAGAUUUGUUUUACAAUCAUAUGGUAACAUGUUAUAUUUAUACAUACUGCUAGAGAAUAUACUUUUAGUUUUAAAAUGGAAUUUUUAUAAAUGUACUCUUUAAUUUUAAAAAUGGUGAACUUGUUAAGUUUUAAGUCAAAGUACUUAAAAAGUAUGUAUAUUAUCCAUACAAAAAGUUAUGUUUUACGCUUAUAAUAAGAAAUAUUGAUAUCUCAUAUCGAGAUACAAUUAAUUUUAAAAAUCAUUCAUCAUUUAAAGUCUUCACACAUCAGGAAAGAUAUUAUUGCUAUGGUUAAAAAUACAAAACAAAUCUCUAUUGAGCAUUUUCAAAUAUUAUUUUUAUUUUGGGGGAAAAUGCCCACAACAAUAAUUUCAAGGUCUUUCUCAAUAGCUACAGCUUGCUGUUGGAUGCCUACUUUACCUAUUGUUUUAAAAUAUAGAUAUAGAUAUAUAGAUAUAUAUAUAUAUUUAAAAUAGUUUUCCAGGUAUUUUCUUCUACCUUUUUUAAAAUAAAUUUCCAAAAAAUUAAAACAGAGUUUAUGUAUUUUUGUCAAUGAAGGUUUUUAUUUUGUAGUUUAUAGAAUUUAUUCCUUAUCAGUUUGAUACUUGAUCAAUAUUCCUAGGCUUUUUAAAUCUGUAUUUACUUUGAAAAAGAACACUCCUGUAUCUUAAAUGUCCUUUUUUUUCUUUUUCUUUUUCCUCUUAGAGAACUCUUUGAUUGAAAUUGAUGCCCACAAAAAUGUCUCUUUUUUUCAUUUAAAAAUGAAUGUGAAGAUAUGUUUACAGCUUUUGUUCAUUGCUCUUCUCAUCAUUCUGAUCAAUUUCUUGUAAAGUGCUAUAAGGAUUAUUUUUUUUGUGAAUAUUAAUGAUCUUAUGCUGCCUCCGAAAUUUCAAAGAUUCUGUGAACAGUAAACAGUUGUUGCAACCAAAAAAAAAGGGAAAACUAACCAUUCUCAACUGAAUUGAAUUAAAUGAUUUUCAUAAUUCCCAAAUAUCAGGGUUAUGAUACUGCUUUCUUUAGUUACUAAUAACAGUCUUAAAUUUUAUUAGGCAUGGUUCAUUUAUAAAUUGAAUAGAGUAAUCUAGGACUACUUGUAAGUGCUCUUUUUAAUUUUCUCUUUACGUCAAGAAAAAAAAAAAUCAUGAAUGUCAGUUUUGCCAGUACUUUGCAGUGAGGCUUAUAGUUUAAGUUAAAAUUUUAUAAUAUGUGUAAAUACAUCAGUAUUACUUUAUUGUAGGUCGUUUGACUCAGGCAUUUGAAAAGGGAUGUAUAUUAAUGGCAGUGGAAUUCUGUUUAUUUUAAUUUUGUUUUUUAAAAUACUUUUGCUGUUUUGUGUUGUUCAACUGAAAACAAUGUAAGGAGUUGAAACAGACUCAAUAUAUCAAUGGAAAGCAAUGCAAAGAAGAUAAAUCAUGUUUUAAUUUCUUUCAUUUAUUUUUUUGUAAAUAAACAGUACUGCGAUUC